GCAUUAUAUACUGAACGCAACUGUAAUGACCGUCAUUCUGAGCUCGUCUUUCAAUCGUUCAGCAUCGAAACUACGCCAGUUCAAGUGAAUUCAUUCCAAACACAAGAAAAAAAACACACGUUCAGUCAACACACAAGCUACGCAUCGAAGAACGCCAUUAAUAACAUUCGUUCUCUACGUACGACGUUCAAGCCACGACGAAAUCGACGAAUUCGUUUGCAACGCAGUCGACGCAUCUCAGCGAAACAGUCCCACACACGUCAAUCUUGGUCAGUGUCAGUGUUCAUCGCUUCGAAGCGCGCACGCAAAAACACCCAACUAGCUCUCGUCACACGCACAUCGCACACACACACGGUUCGACGUUACUUCGCAUCGACGAAUUGAAAUCUACGUGAAAAAUGGUUGAAGAUCGCGGUACUCGUGUUUACGUCGGCAAUCUCGGCGAAAAGGUUAAGAAAGAAGACCUGGAAUCUGAAUUCACCAAAUAUGGCAAAUUAAAUUCAGUUUGGGUUGCAUUCAAUCCACCAGGUUUUGCUUUUGUUGAGUUCGAAAGUCGUAACGAAGCUGAAAAGGCUUGUGAGAUUUUGAACGGCGUUGAGGCCUUGGGCUCGGGAAAGCUUCGUGUUGAAAUUAGCAAAGGUCGACCGAAUAAGGGUCGUCGCAGCGACGGAAGAGGCCCGGGCGGCGGAAGAUUUGGUGGAUCGAACGGCGGUGGCCGGUUCGGAGGCCGUCCAGGCGGGGGCGGUGGCUUCAGACGCGAGGGAGGAAGUCGCGAUGGUGGCUUUAGAGGUAGCUCGGGUGGAGGGGGCUACGGUAGACAGGAUUCGGGCGGUUUUCGUAGUCGCGACUUUGGAAGUAGUUAUGGUGGUUCCGGGGGAGGGGGAAGAUUCAAUAGCCGUGAGGGAGGUGGACGGAGCUUCGGAGGUGGUGGUGGUCAGGGCUUCGGUGGAGGAAGAAAUGGUGGUGGACCGGGAGGAGGACGAUUCCGUUCCAGAUCGCCAAGAUCUCGUUUCUAAAUUUUCAUUUAAAAGCAAGUAACGAGGCCAUUGCCCGUUACCGCUCCCCACAAACAAACACACACACACACACAUACAUAAUUUCUAAUUGCAAAAUGAUUUUAUGUUCUUAGUUUUCUUUUUCUACUUCUAAACACUCUUUCUUUUUCGAUAUAGUACAUACAUUCGAGAUUUCGAUAAGUUUUUCUUUAGCAUUUAAGACCAAUCGAUACUGAUUUGAUUUUGCCCAUUUUAUUUUUCUUUGGAUUCGAGUGCUACACGCACGCUCACAAAAUAUUACUACCAAGCAUUUUACCUGAGAUAUAUAAAUACCUAUAUUUCAUUUACACACAUGACCACCACCAUCAUACAAAAAAUAAAAUGCUGAUAAGAAAGAAAGGAAAAAAUAAAAUCAAAAAACAAACAAAAAAAAGUAAAAAAUAUAAGAACAACCUCCCGAAGCGCUGAAAACAAAGCAAACAAAAUUAUAUUGAAAUAUGAUAAAUACUUUUAAAUGCCAUGAACAUAAAUAUAUUAUUGUGGAAUAUGAGAUAAAAAGAUGAAUUAAAACAAAAGUAUCCAAAACUACCGCACUUGAACCACAUACAAACACACACACACACAAAAACUCAAACUCUCUUAUGCAAAUGAUGUAUUAGUAUUGACUGACAAGUUACAAUAAGAGAGAAAUAAAUAAAGAACAAGAACACGAUUUUAAGAAUUCACACGUAUUGAACGCAAAUAAAGAAAGAAACCAAUCAAGCUGAUGAUCGCGCGUAGUGCAAACAAUUAUGUCAUCGUUUAACACUAUCGAUUUAAUUAUGAAUGUACCAAUCAAAAUUAAAUGUACGUAGAUUCUAUAUAACUAUAUAAAAUUACCUUCGAUUAUCAACCAAAUUCAAACCACACACACACACACACACCGCAAUAAGAAAAAGAAAAAAAAAUCGUCAAACAACAACAAGCAAACAAAAAAAACGCAUAUGAUAUCAUCUUUCAUUUAAAACAUAAGGCAAUCUGCAGCAUUCAUUCUGGAAAAAUAAAAAUUAAAAAACUA